CUGGGACCCCGUGGCUCCGCCGGACCGUCACAGCCAGCGCAGCCCCACCGCAGUGGGGUCACACUGCUGGCACCCCGGGCUCUGCUGGGGACCCCUGGGGUCCCUUGGCUUUCCCCUGCUCUGGUGGGGAUGGGUGCCAGCCGGAGGCCGUGCAGCACGGUCCCUGCUCCUCACAGGAGCGUGUUUAGGGACAGCCCUGCCUGUCGUGGAAUGCUGUGGCCAUGCUGCUGGGCCUCCAGCAGCUGUGAGGAGCCAGGCAGGGGCUGUGGAGCUGUGCAGGGCUUCUGCAGGCUCUGACUGGGGUCUGUGCUGUCCUUUUGUCCCCCAGCUGGGUGGGGCAGCGCUUGGCCCCUCCAGCUCCAGUGACCGUGGGGGUGACCGUGGCCGUGUGUGUGGCCGCAGAAGGUGGCCCUGCUCUUUAGGGGAUCCUCGGGGAUACCUCGAGCAAUUAGGCACCAGCGUUGGGCAUGUGGAGGUUCUCCGCUGUCCCCUGACUGCUGAGGGUACAGGGCUGUGCUGGCAGGUGCUGGCACUGUCUGGCAUGGAUGGUGACAGAGAGGGGAGUGCUGUGUCCCCAGGGUCUGUCUGCCCUGCUCGUGCUGUGGGGUGGCUGUGGUGGCCCCGGCUGUACCUGGUGGGGCUGUGUGCAGGUGUUGUGUUCCUGGUUGUACCUGGCCAGGCUGUGUACAGAUGUUGUGUGCCAGGCUCUCUGUACUGGCACCACGUGCCUGGUGCCACGUGUGUAGCUGGCUGGGCUGUGUGUACAGGCACCACGUUCUGGGUACACCUGUCCAGGUGCCGUGUGUGGCACACUUGGGGACAGCCCCACGUGUCUGUGGUGCAACACCCAGAAGGGUCUGGCAAGAGGACACCUUCCCCUGCCACCUCCUGCAGGGAUGUGCUGCUGGAGCUGCUGCCAGCUCUCACUCACCAAUGUCCCACCUCCACCAGCCCAGAGCUCCCCUGGCUGUUUUGUCUGGAGGAGCCUGGGGAGAUUGCAGCACUCUGUGGAGGUGUUGCCAGCCACCAGCACCCUCAUGGCACUGCCAUACUGACCCAGCACCACUGUGACAUUGUCUUGUGUCUGUCUGGACCUCACCCUGCUCCCCAGGGUGGCUGCUUGCCAGUGCCGCCGAGAUCUCUGGUAACCCUGCUCCCCAUUCCCAGGACUGUUUUUGGGGAGACUGUUGUAGCAUGGUCCAGGAGCAGCCCUGCCUCCCCAAGGAUCAGAUCCCUGCAUGAUCCCAGCAUGACCCUGUGGGGUUUGGACACUGCCAUGACGAAUGCCAGUGCUGCGUGUCAUGUCCCCAGACACCAGCAUCUCCCCUGGCCUCAGUUUGUGCCAUGUCCCUGGACUCCAGCAUCUCCCUGGCCCCACUCUGUGCCGUGUCCCUGGACUCCAGCAUCUCCUGCCCCACUCUGUGCCAUGUCCCUGGACUCCAGAAUCUCCCUGGCCCCACUCUGUGCUGUGUCCCUGGACUCCAGAAUCUCCCUGGCCCCACUCUGUGCCGUGUCCCUGGACUCCAGCAUCUCCUGACCCCACUCUGUGCCGUGUCCUCCCGCUCCCACCCCAGUGCCCCGGCACAGCCGUGCAUGCUGCAUGUGGGGGGCCUGGCCCCGGCCCUGGGACCUUAAUGCCCUUGUGUCUUUUCCCUC